GCGGCGCCGGCCCUGCACAGCGGUGGGCGGGGCCCGCGGGCGGCAGUGGCGCUGUGCAUGCGCGCGGAGGGCCCGCGUUCCGCUCGGAGGGCAGGUUACCAGAAUCCAAAUGGCUCUCCUGAAUAGGCGAUUGGGUUUAUCCUUAACCCAUCUAAGCAGCACAGUGAUCCAGCGGCACUUAAGUAUCACUGGAGCAUGCCAAGCAAUACAGAAACUCACCCGUGUGCGAGUGGUGGACAAUAGUGCCUUGGGGAACACACCAUACCACCGGCCACCAAAAUGCAUCCACGUGUAUAACAAGACCGGAGUUGGAAAAGUAGGAGAUAAAAUCCUUCUGGCUAUCAAAGGAGAAAAGAAGAAGGCCUUAAUUGUAGGGCACAAGAUGCCUGGCCCCACCAUGACGCCUAGGUUUGAUUCCAACAAUGUGGUACUCAUAGAAGACAAUGGAAAUCCAAUAGGGACUAGAAUAAAAACACCAAUACCCUAUAUCCUGCGAGAGAAAGGAGAGUUCUCCAAAGUGUUGGCCAUUGCCCGCAACUUUGUAUGAAAGCUAAGCAAGGUUUCUGGCAAUCCUGUUUAUAUCCUUCCAUACAGUAGCUGUUCCUUGGUCCUUUUAGAGAAAAUGGUGAAACAUGAAAACUUUGAGGUUCAUCAAGAGUCUCUCUUCCUGUUUAAGAAUUACAAACAACUGUCUUAAAUGUUGAAAUACCUUGUUUUUCUCCAAAAGAAGGUUGAUUUAUUUCACAGAACAUCUGUGGUGUGUUUGGGAAAUGGUCCGUCACCCUUACUGCUCUGGUGGUGUUAAUUUGGUCUCUCAUCAUUAAAAUGAGAACAUGAAAAUCCUC